AUGCCUUCAGUGUUCGGGUUAUCUGUGGCCUUGGGACUGAUUGCCCCAUCCAUCAUCGUUGAAGCUGCGACGUGUGACAUAUAUGGGUACGGCAAGACUCCAUGCGUUGCUGCCCACAGCACUACUCGUGCCUUAUACGACGCCUACAAUGGCCCGCUCUACCAAGUUAGACGUGCGUAUGAUAACGCAACGAAAGAUAUCAAUCCUCUAGGCCCAGGUCGCACUGCGAACGCGGCUACACAGGAUACAUUCUGCGCCUAUACGACAUGUCUUAUAACACAAAUCUACGACCAGUCAGGCCACGGCAAUCAUCUCACUCAAGCUCCUCCAGGCAAGACUCGUGGGCCGGCGGCUGGAGGCUACGAUAGCCUUGCCUCAGCAACUGCAGCUCCAAUCUCCGUUAACGGCAGCAAAGCCUACGGGCUCUACAUUGCACCACAAACAGGCUACCGACAAGACAAGACCAGCGGCAUAGCGACAUAUGACCAACCCGAAGGCAUGUACGAGGUUCUCGACGGGACACACUACGGCGGGUGCUGUUUCGACUACGGCAACGUCGAGGGCAACAAUAUGGACAACGGCGCCGGCCACAUGGAGACCAUCUACUUCGGCCUGAAUGAGGGGUACAAUGUCGGGUCUGGGGCAGGUCAGGGACCUUGGAUCAUGGCGGAUCUGGAGAACGGAAUCUUUUCUGGGAAAAAUCUUGGCAAUAAUUCGAAUGAUCCUACGAUUAAUUAUCGAUUUACUACUGCUAUCGUCAAGGGCGAAUCUAAUCAUUGGGCAAUCCGAGGCGCUAAUGCUCAGUUUGGCGGUCUAACGACGUUCUACGACGGCGUUCGCCCAGAUGGAUUUAACCCUAUGCGUAAAGAGGGUGCUAUCGUUCUUGGGGUGGGUGGCGAUAAUACGGACGGCGGUGAAGGCACAUUCUACGAGGGCGCCAUGACUUCUGGCUAUCCACUGGAUAACAUCGAGGCCUACGUACAGGCCAACAUUGUCAAUAUGAAUUACAAGACCGUAUCGUGA